CGCUGCUGCUGCUGCAACUGCAACUGCAACUCGGGGGCUGCUGCGCGGCUCCGCUGCCGGCCAAGUUCUGGCGCUGAGCGCGGCGCGGGGGCAGCGCUGCCUCCGCCGCAGCACCGCCUGCCCGCCCCCCUCCCGUCUAUGCCUUUUUUUAUUCCCCCACCCCCCGCCUGAAAUGCCCAUGAAAGCCUCCGAGGGGCUCGGGCAGGAAGGGGCCAGCGCAUCUCCAUGGGAUGAUGCCCGCUCUCCGCCGGCGGGGCGCGGGGUGGAAUUCCGCCGGGAAUGAAGUGCCCGCUCGACAUUUGCUGCAUCUGCCGGAGCGUCAGGGUUCAGUGGCUGCCUCCCCUUCAACCAGCUGUUCCGGUUAAUCACUGCGCUUCCAACUUUUGCUUGGCAAUGCCUGAUGGACAGUGGAGCCGAGAGAACUAGCACCGGAUUUUUUGGACCUCGUUAAAAAAACCCCAUACCCUUCAUUUUCCCAUUUCUGCACAGGACUGGCGAGCCGCACGUUAAACAGCCGUGUAAAGAUAUUUCUUCCUAAAGGAUUGCCACAUUUCUGAGUCCUCGCAAACUGGAGAGCACGAUUGGUGCCCGAUCUCGCUGCCGGGCAGUGCGGGAGCCGCGUGUGCGCUGCAGCCGCGCUCGGCGGUGGGAGGCAGCCCGGGCUGCCCGGGAAGGGAUUCCAGCGCAGGCAGGGAGAGAAAACGGAGCGGCUCUUACAAUUAGUUGAAUGAUUUGAUAGAUAGCAGCAGACAUGCUUUGUGGACUGAAAAAGGAUUUGCAGUCAGACUUUGAUGAUGGCCCUUACUCAAAGGGGAGCAAGGACUCUGGUGGGAUGGACGCAGCCCUGGUCUCCAGGAGGCAAAGCAUCCCAGAGGAGUUCAGAGGGGUCACAAUCGUGGAGCUGAUUAAGAAAGAAGGAAGCACCCUCGGUUUAACCAUUUCAGGUGGCACAGACAAAGAUGGAAAGCCAAGAGUCUCCAAUCUGAGGCCAGGGGGACUGGCUGCAAGGAGUGACCAGCUGAACGUGGGGGAUUACAUCAAGUCGGUGAAUGGCAUUAACCUGACCAAGCUGCGGCACGAUGAGAUCAUCAGCCUGCUGAAGAACGUGGGCGAGAGGGUGGUGCUGGAAGUCGAGUACGAGCUCCCUCCAGCUGUGCCAGAAAGCAGUGCUGGCAUUAUUCCCAAGACCAUUGAAGUGUCCCUCUACAAGGAAGGCAACAGCUUUGGCUUUGUGCUGAGAGGGGGAGCCCAUGAAGACUGGCACAAGUCCAGGCCGCUGGUGCUCACCUACGUGAGGCCAGGCGGCCCUGCAGACAGGGAAGGGUCCUUGAAAAUUGGGGACAGGCUGCUGAGUGUGGAUGGGAUUCCUCUGCACAGCAUGACCCAUGCUGAUGCCCUCAACAUCCUGCGGCAGUGCAGCCAGGAGGCACUUUUCCAGAUCGAGUAUGAUGUGACCAUCAUGGAUACUGUAGCAAAUGCUUCUGGUCCUUUACUAGUUGAAAUAGCAAAGACUCCAGGGUCCACGCUGGGAAUCACGCUGACCACAGCCAUGCACCGGAACAAGCAGGUCAUUGUCAUCGACAAGAUCAAGCCAGCCAGCGUGGUGGACAGAUGUGGUGCAUUGCACGUUGGUGACCACAUUCUCUCCAUUGAUGGCACAAGCACAGAGCACUGCUCCUUAUUAGAGGCAACUCAGCUUUUAGCUGCCACUUCUGAAAAUGUCAAACUGGAGAUACUACCUGUUCACCAAAGCAGGCUGCCUUUGAAGCCUCCAGAAACAGUCAAGGUCCAGAAGAGUGACCACCAUCACUGUUGGGACCCCUGUGUCAACUACUGUCACACCCACCACCCUGGACACUGCAAGACACCCACUUGGACCCAGACAUCUGGACAGGAUUACUGCAAAUGUAACCUCAGUGCAUGGCAUUUGCCCUCAUCCUGCCCGUCUCUGGUGGCUGCCAACUUCUCGUCUCCCACCAUGAACGCGCAGGGAUUCCCGUGCCAGAACUCCAACACGCUACCUCGCAGCUCCCACCCCAUGAGCCCCCGCACCACCCUGCUGAGGAGGAGGCAGAAGAAGAAGGAGCACAAGAGCUCACUGUCGCUGGCCUCCAGCACGGUGGGUCCUGGCGGGCAGAUAGUCCACACGGAGACGACAGAGGUGGUCCUCAGGGGAGACCCUCUGAAUGGCUUUGGACUUCAGCUCCAGGGAGGCAUCUUUGCUACGGAAACUCUGUCUUCCCCACCUCUCGUCCGUUUUAUUGAGCCUGACAGCCCGGCAGAGAGGUGUGGACUGCUGCAGGUAGGAGACCGAGUCCUUUCCAUCAACGGCAUCGCGACGGAGGACGGCACCAUGGAGGAGGCCAACCAGCUGCUGCGCGACGCGGCGCUCACCAACAAAGUGGUGCUCGAGAUCGAGUUCGACGUCGCAGAGUCUGUCAUACCCAGCAGCGGUACUUUCCACGUUAAAUUGCCCAAGAAAAGAGGUGUAGAGCUUGGAAUUACAAUCAGCUCUGCAAGCAGAAAGCUUGGGGAUCCUUUGAUCAUCUCUGACAUCAAGAAGGGGAGUGUAGCACACAGAACUGGCACCUUGGAGCCGGGAGACAAGCUGCUAGCCAUUGAUAACAUCCGACUCGACAAUUGCUCAAUGGAGGAUGCUGUGCAGAUUUUAAGGCAGUGUGAAGACCUGGUCAAAUUGAAGAUUAGGAAGGAUGAAGAUAACUCUGACGAGCAGGAGACAACUGGUGCUAUUAUCUACACGGUGGAGCUGAAGCGAUACGGGGGCCCUUUGGGAAUAACCAUCUCUGGGACAGAGGAGCCUUUUGAUCCUAUUGUCAUUUCAGGCUUGACUAAACGAGGCCUGGCAGAGAGAACCGGAGCCAUCCACGUCGGGGACCGGAUCUUAGCGAUCAACAACGUGAGCCUGAAGGGCAAACCGCUGAGCGAGGCCAUUCACCUGCUGCAGAUGGCAGGAGAGACUGUCACCCUCAGGAUCAAGAAGCAGACAGAGAAAUCCUACCCCAAGAAGUCGGGGAGCAUAAACGAAGUGAGUGACCCAGAAGAUGAGCUGACAGACUCCCAGAAAACUAGCAAGCUGUCUGAGAUAUACUCCACCACAAUUCCAAGUGUGGACAAUACUGUGGAGUCCUGGGACGGCUCUGCCAUUGAUGCUGGGUAUGGAAGCCAAGGUACGUACAUACCCCAGGCUGCUGGCAUAGCCCUCCAUCCACAUGAGUGGAGACACAGCAGGCAGAAGAGCAGCACCCCUCCAGCAGACCCCAGGAAAAACUACCCCUACAUGGAUGGAAGCUUCAGUGAAGAUGACUGGGACAAGCCCGGCAGAUACCCCAACCGCCAAAAUGGCCUCGAGACCACUCAUGAGGACAAUUUUUGGCGUGUUUUUGGAGAAGCUUUGGAGGAUUUGGAAACAUGCGGCCAGUCUGAACUUUUGAGGGAGAUUGAGGCAUCCAUCAUGACAGGGAGCGUGCACAACCUGGGCUUGGAGGGCAGCAAGCUGCUCCUGGACUCUGUCAACCCCUCGGGAAUGAGCCCGCUGAGGAAAGCCAACUCCAGCUGCGCGGACGGACAGACUGAGGGCAGCAGCUCCCCUGCCAAGAAGAACGAGAGGAACCUGGACAUGAAGAAGGAGAUGCAAGAAAUCAUGUCCCCGACCCCCCUUGAGUUUCACAAGAUGACGCUCCACAAAGACCUGGAGAGCGAAGACUUUGGGUUCAGUUUGUCGGAUGGCCUGCUAGAAAAAGGUGUCUAUGUAAAUAUGGUCCGUCCGGAUGGGCCAGCAGAUCAGUGUGGCCUCAAGCCAUAUGACAGAGUGCUUCAGGUAAACCGCAUCCGAACGAGAGACUUUGACUGCUGUCUGGCCGUUCCCUUGAUUUCGGAGGCUGGAGAUAAGCUGGACCUGGUGAUUAGCCGGAACCCCUUGGCACUGGCUGCCAAUGCUCCCUCGGAGGGGAACAGAGAGCUCCUGGCACAGGUGCCCCACAGCGCCGAGGUCAAGGCGAGUGUCCAGACGCUCUGAGCAGCAGGAGCAGAGCAGAUGAUGCCUCUGCUGAGCUCUUGUGGUAUUUGGGGUGUUAUUCCUGAUUUUUUGCACUGGUAUUUGUAAAUGCUCUGUGUACCAUAACCUGCAAGUGGGGAGGUGGGUCUCCAGUGAGCCUGUAGACCGCCAAAUAUUGCUGGGAAGGUUAGAGUUGGGUGUGCGUCCGGGGCUGUGGCAGUGAUGGCAGCGGGACAAACUGCCAACAGGAGGAAGGAGCAUCCACAGCCAUCCCCCAUGGCAGGGCAUCCCCCUGUGCUUCUGCCAUCAACUGUGCAGGGUCCUGCCUCCAACAUCCUCCUCACCCUGAAAGGCCUUGGCCAUCCUGCAAACACACAUGGUGCUAUUAUGUUCUUUGUUUGCUCAGUUAAUCACAUACAGCAAGACUGAAAUGCCUUUCCUUUUAUGUUGUGCCCAGCUCCACCCUUUCAACACUCCUGGCAAAUCAAUUCCUGCAGCCCCUUGCACUCCCAGUGCAGGGCUGUGGAGAGAGCCAGUUAAAAGACACUUCACAAUGUGCUUGAGAGUGGCUAAAUGCAAUUCUUGUGCAGAAAUUGGUAUUUGCAGCUGUCUCCUGCCAGCCCUAUCCACACUUCCCCCUAAGUCUGGCUCACCCCGUAGUGGGAUUAGGCACCUUGUGUGGCUGAUUCCCAUGAGCGGUGUUGUUACCUGUGCUCAGUAGUGACUACAGAGUAGAGGCCAUAGCCAAGGCUAAAGGCCUUGAGUACCUGCCUGAAUCCCCCUUGUCUGUCUGAGCUUUACAGAGAUGUCUUGCUUGCAAACCUGCCCCGCACUUGGAAGUAAAUAGCAGAAUAGCGAAAUUCCCAGGGCUGCCCCUGAUGCUUUGGAUCAAUGAAACCUCGCUGUCUCCCCUGGGGCAGAGGAAUGACAAGCCCUUGGUUGGGUGGGGUUGUGUCCUGUGUCCCUGUGGGCUGGGUGGUGUGUGUCCCUUUGCCUGUGGCUGGCCUCUUGUAGCUCUGUGGCCGCUCCCCUCCUGCCUGAGAGCCCUGGCCCCGCGUGGCAGAGGGGCUGUGGCAGAGGGGCUGUGAUGUUUGCAUUGCCCGCCCUGGUUCCCACAUUAGCACUUUAUGAUGAUGUCCCUGUCUUGGUGGCAGCUGCAGCUUCAUUGUCCCUGGGGAGGCCUGGGCCAGGGAAUCCAAGAGCUCCCUCCGUCAGACACGACAACUCCAGAGCCCACUGCCCCCGUUCCCUGCCUGCCCUCCCAGUUCCUCCAUCCCCGCUGCACGGCAGGGGUGUGUGGAGGUUGCUGGGUGGGGGCACAGCUCGUGUGUGUUGCUUUGCUGUGCCAGGACUUGUCCCCGCACCGUCUGUCCCCUCCAGCCCCUGUGACAGCACAAAUGCAUCCGGGUGUUCCUUCCAGGCACGGCCCCAUCCAGCUCUUUGUCGUUGUAGCCAUUUUCUCUUUGAGUAUGCAAUAUCCCAUACCAUUGCUGCCACAGCUAGAUAAUGUGCCAUAAUUGAUACUGUGGAGCAUUGACAGUGCAGCCGAAAGUGUUUUUAUAUGCAAUAUUCUGAGCAGUGGAAGCUCACUGGGGCUUCUCAUAGGUUUUUAAUGAAGACUUUUAUUAAAGGCUUUAAAAAAAAAAAAUGGAGGAAGAAGAAAAACUUGGUCCUUGUAUCCCUUCCUAUGCAUUUUGAAUGAUAUGAAGAUGAAAUGCAUUACUUAAAUGUGUAUUUUUAUCCAUAUAUUAGAGUGUAUUCCUUGUAAAGUAUUUUUAUAUGCUAAUUUUCUUAUGUAUCUAUGAAAGCACAAUAUUUAAAAGUACAGCAUUUCAAAGAAUAUUUUAGUCCUGUUUUGGACCUAUUUGUAAAUCUCUGUAUUUAAAUGGGAUUGGAAUGACUUUGACUUUUUUUAAAAUUAAAUAAAAGCAAAUGAAAUGCA